GAUAUUCGACGCUAUCAUGUCUCGUAUGGCAUCCGAGAGUGGUUAUGGUGGAGGGGGUGGUGGAGGGCCAAUGGAGCAGCAUGAGAACAUGGGCUUCAACCCUAUGGAUCCAGAUGACGAGGAGACAAUAGCAUGGCUCAUGGGCCCGAGGAGUGUCGAUAUCCUCAAACAUGGUGGUGGUGCACAGCACUCCCUCUACACGGCAAGUGGAGGAGGGGGCAUAGCACGGUUUAUACUGUACAUAGGUAUGGCUGUACUAUCCUUCAUAUUUGACCUCAUCAUUGACUCACCAUCGGUCAUAUUUGCUUGGGGUGUGGCUGUACAGUCUAAGGACUACGAGAAGGUUAUCAUCACCACGAUGUGCUUCACGUUAAAUGAGGACGAUCAUAUUAUCUCAGGUUCUUUAUAG